UGGAUCGGGACCGCGGUGCGUCUGAAACAGCAGCUGACACUUUCCACAGCCACAAGAACUAUGCGUAAAAAUUCCCCCAAUGCCUUUUCAUUCCUGGAUACUUAAUUCUAUCAAGGUUAGAGUUUAGUUUUUAUUAUUUUUUUUGAGUUUUAUUUAUUUAUUUUUUUUUAGUUUUUAGGGUAGCAUGUGCGUAAUUUUGCGCGGAUUGCCGAGGUGCCACCGGGAGUGAGAGGCAAUAUGCGCCGCUGGGAUAAGAUUUUUAAUCGAAAGGCUUAUGGAAUAUAGCCUGGUUUGUCCCAACCUGUAUGCCUUCUGGUCUAGCCCCGUGAAGAAGAAACUAAUACUGCUCAGCAUCAUGUUUUUAAUCUGGGUAUACAUGCUGUACUCCUGCGUGGGCUACUGCUCCACCAUGCCAAGUUUGGUGGUGGACAGUUACCGGGGCAAGGAGACCGGUUCGGCGGUGGUGGGUAAGAGGACGGAGACCAGCAGCAGUAGGUCGGACCUGGUGUCCAGAUUAUUAUCCAAACCGCAACCGUGGGAGGAUAUAGAAAGCGACUACGAAGAGCCAUCCAUCAGAACCGCCGCGUCCAGAGACCUGCUCAAUAACGAGCUGGAAACGGACCGAACCGACGACUGGGACGAGAUGAGGGCGCACCAGCAGCAGCAGCAGCAGCAAAGACCCCCGGAGCCAAGCGCCAUGUCCAGCUUCUCCAACGGAUCCGGGAGUAAGAAGUUACCCCAGGCGAUCAUCAUCGGGGUGAAGAAAGGAGGAACCCGGGCUCUGCUGGAGUUUCUGCGGGUUCAUCCGGACAUCAGAGCCGUUGGAGCGGAGCCGCACUUCUUCGACCGCAACUACGACAACGGACUAGAGUGGUACAGGGAGCUGAUGCCUAAGACACUGGAGGGCCAGAUCACCAUGGAGAAAACUCCCAGUUACUUCGUGACCAGAGAGGCUCCAGCCAGGAUUUCAGCCAUGUCCCGGGACACCAAGCUGAUCGUGGUAGUGAGGGACCCGGUCACCAGAGCUAUCUCAGACUACACACAGACGCUGUCUAAGAAGCCUGACAUUCCCUCUUUUGAGAGCCUCACCUUCAAAAACAGGACUACGGGGCUCAUCGACACCUCAUGGAGCGCCAUCCAGAUCGGCAUCUAUGCCAAACACCUGGACAACUGGCUGCAGUACUUCCCCAUGGACCAGAUCCUGUUUGUGAGCGGCGAGCGUCUAAUCAGCGACCCGGCCGGAGAGCUGGGCCGAGUGCAGGACUUUCUGGGACUCAAGAGGAUCAUCACAGACAAACACUUUUACUUUAACCAGACCAAGGGAUUCCCAUGCCUCAAGAAGGCAGAGGGGAGCAGCAAGCCCCACUGCCUGGGCAAAACCAAAGGGCGGACCCAUCCCAACAUUGACCCUGAGGUGGUGCAGAGGCUACGGGACUUCUACAGGCCUUUCAACAUGAAGUUCUACCAGAUGACAGGACAUAACUUUGGUUGGGAUUGAUGUGAAAAUCACAGACAUUUUUUUGUUGUUUUUUUUUUCCUCUGUAAUUCAAUGGCAAGAUGUUGAGAUAUUGCUAUAUAUAUGUAAAAUGUACAGAAAUCUAUUUUAUAAUAAUUUAUUUUUAUUUCUAAGCAAUUAAUUCACUAAGAUGCCUAACCAUAUUUGUACAUAACAUCUGGCCCUCAUGUUGUUUUUAACAUUCCUCAUUUUAGUUUUGAAUUCUCUUGCUCCUCCCUUGUGGUCCUGUAAACUCAGUGGAUCUAAUGGUGCAUCGCAACGCAGAUAAUCAGCGAUGACUGGAGUUGGUUUAAGGUGAAAAAUGUUGAAGCACCAUAUUACGGGUACAGAGUGCUCACAGAGAAGUGGAGAACACCUAUCGAUGUACAUUUACAGAGUACAGAGCCACCUGAGGGUCAAGGGAGACAGUUUUUAAAGCUAUUUUUGCAUUUGGCAAGUUUCCACGCAAUAUAUUUUUCUUUCUCUUACAUUACUUUUGCAUCACCUAGCAAACACUGACAUUUUUGAUAGCUUUGUGCAGUAUGUUCCCUACCAUCACCAAUCAUUACCAAACCAGUUCUUUACCACUAUGUUUUUAAAAAUACUGACCUGAGUCAUGGCGUUGCAAGUUAAAAGUGCUAAACAAUGCAAGAGUAGUGGACUGCAAAGGGAUUGUGAAGAAAGGUAAAACAAAAUGUAUUGCAAAGGAAUGCAAAAGUUCCUAAAAACACUCACCAUGACACUUAUGUGGCUCCAUAAACCUUCAUUUAUAUCAUUUUAACUUUCUUCUUUUCAAACCUGUCAUUCUGAAAGUGGAUCUUCUAAACAACAUUUCACUAAAACAUACACAUUGUACAUUUCAUUUCUUUCUGCACUGGCAUCGGUCUAUGCAGCGUCUCAUGUCCCUUUCCACUCAAUAAUAGGUAGAUCAAUAGGCCUAAUUGAUCGUCAUUGUGUCACUCAUGCUUAAAGUAUACAGCUGCCCUUUCAUUCACAGUGCUCCUGCUGCCUGCUCUAAUGAAUGACCCAUCCAUCAAACAUUAAAUCCUAUCCCAGGCCACAUAAGGACCCAUGUUAACAUUAUGCUAAUCGGGUAAAGGUAACUGGCAGAUCGAUUGAGCCUCCUCUCUCUAACUCCCCAUUAGAAGCAGCGCUGGCUCACAGCCAGGCUCCUGCCCUUUCUCCUCAGUUCAAAGGUCACACAAAGUCUGAAUCAAAUUUCCUUGAUGGGCAUUUGAUUUGUUGCAGAGCGUAGCUGGAGCGCUGUGGGUUAGCGGGCCUGUGUGCCUUCUUUGUAAAAUCUCUUGCGUGAGGUAGCACAGGCAUAUCACGGUUUUAGAUAUGACAAAAAAAAAAAGCAAAACAAAAAAAAACAAGCGCGCCUCGCCUCACUGAAAUACAGCUUCUUCAAACAGAAGUCCGCCGAGCAGCAUCUCAGAUCUCAGACAAACGCGAUCAAAGGAAGAGGGAAGGUUUUUGUGAAGCACUCUUAGUGUAGCAAGAAUUGCCUCAGGCAGGAGUUGAAUCUAACCUCUCCGGUGUCAUCAGAAACCUCAUGUGCCAUCGUCCAUGGCCUAUAUACUUAAUGCCUUAUCCACUCUUGUCAUCCUCGCACAUCUCAUCUCAAAGUCAGAUCUCAAACCUUUACUUGUUGCCAAAAAAAACUUUGGGUUGAUAUCAUAUUUCACAUAGCAUGAGUUGCUAUCUCUGCUUUUUUUUCUCCCCCUGCAUUGCUUCUUUGUUUGUGUCUUUCUACUUGAAUUCUUGAUAUGCAAGAAGGAGAAAAUGCGUAGUUAUCAUUCUUUGAUGUGCUUGCCCCAUCUCUCUGCAGCUGGUGGCAUGCUAUUAUAAGGGCACAGGGAGGCGGCGAUUCUAUGCCACAUUACGCUGUGCUACGCUAUGCUAUGCAUGCUCCGAGUGGUGGCCAUUAUAAAAACGCUGGGAUAAUGAAAAGGGAUUAUUAGCGUCCAGAGGGGGUCUUUGGGAUUUUUAAGCAAGGCCCAGACUGAAUGUACACCAUCACUACACUCAAAAUCAGUUCUAAAGUCAGUUUUUCAUUCUGUUUUCAGUGAAACUAAAUUUGAUUGUCUAUUCCUGUUUUAUGUUGGGAAAUGUUGUGCCUCUUUAACCAUUCAGCCGGACACUGUUUGUCUGUUUUCUGUCAUUAAAAACCUGAAGGUAUCCCACUUUUCUUGUUUUCCAGUUGAAACCAGCUGCCUGGUUUAGCCUCAAACCAAUGUUUGUCAGCAGGGGAGAUGGAGGCUUUCGACACUGUAAACUUUUUUUUUUUUUUUGCAGGUCUGUUCUUUACCUUUAUUCUGCCUGAGUGAUGAAACGUCUAGUGCAAAUUUAUCUGGAGAAAGCCUUCAUCUCCCCUUCUCUUCUUAGUGCAAUGUUUAAUUAAAAGUAAGCAUUUAUUAUGGUCUCUCUCAGCAGGUUUCACCCUGUGUACACAUGCUGUCACAUUCUGGAAGGAAAGUUGAACACCUCACAUUUUCCCCGUAAACCGAUGGAGUUUUGCGUUUGAAUUCUGAGGGAAUAUCUCGAAAAAUGAAAACUUGCACUCGUGGGUUUAUUCCAUGUUGCUGCAUGAGUUAUGGUUGAGUUUUAUUCAACCUGUUUUGAGAUCUAAAAA